AUGAAUGCUACUGUGGAAGUCACAGGUGUCAAUGGGGAAGCAGUUGGCACCAUCGCCGGCAUGGUCAGGCUGAUGAUUUCAUCGCGUUUCGACGAGAAAGUAAAGCUCGCCACUCAAGCGUACGUUAUGGGGAAGUUGACUGCAACUCUACCGUGCCAACAAUUUAGCGCAUCGAAUAUGCCGCAUUUGGAGGGUCUAAAACUAGCCGAUCCGCAAUUCAACAAACCAAGCUCAGUAGACGUCAUAAUGGGAGCAGAUGUCUUCCUGUCAAUACUGCAAGCAGGACAGGUCAAGGGUCACAACGGUAUUCCUGUGGCACAGCGUUCCAUUUUCGGUUGGAUGGUUGCAGGAAGAAUUUCGAAGCAACGGUGUACACACGCUCACCACAAGGCCGUCAACCUGCACCAGGAUGUUAGCAUCGAUCGCACUCUGCGACUAUUCUGGGAGGAGCAAGAACUUCCAAAUUCAAAGCUUUGGACAGAGGAAGAGAAAGGGGUCAUCGAACAUUUCAAUUCGACUGUCACACGUUCGAAGGAGGGUCGCUUUAUCGUCAGAUUACCACUGGACGAUUCAAAGCUUAAGCUCGGAGGAUCACUUACCGCAGCUACCAAACGCAGAUUUCAAAGGGAUGCAAACUUCAAGCAGAGAUACGUAUCGUUCAUGAACGAGUAUCGAAAAUUGGGUCACAUGGAAUUAAUACCAGAAGCGGAAACGGAUCCUGACUGUACCCAAUCUUAUUACUUGCCACAUCACGGGAUCGCGAAAGAGGAUGGGCUUACGACCAAACUCCGAGUCUUUUUUGAUGGUUCUCGUGCCACGACUUCCGGAGUAGCGCUCAACGACAUACUACUGGAUGCACCCAACGUUAAUGCAGACCUAUUCGAAGCACUAUUGAGGUUCAGGUCAUAUCCAGUGGUAUUUGCAGCGGAUGUUGAAAAAAUGUACCGCCAAGUUUUGCUGCAUUCUGAGGAUACAGAUUAUCAGCGUAUUGUCUGGAGAGAUUCAUCAGAUAAACCGAUUCAGCACUUUCGUUUACUCACGGUGACCUACGGCUUGAAGAAUUCUGGAUUCCUUGCGAUGUCAGCGCUGAAGAAGGCAGCGGAAGCAUACGAACAGCAGUAUCCAACUGCGACGGAGCGGAUCAAGUAUCACACCUACGUCGAUGAUCUGACAUCCGGAGCGGAGUCGGAGGAGGAAGCCAUACAACUGAUCCAGCAAAUCAACGAGAUUCUACAUAGAGCGGGGUUUGUGCUGCGGAAGUGA